CUCUUCUCUCAGCAGCCUCUCCUCUCACUCUCGUUCUCUCGCUCUCCCGUCUGUGUGUGUGUGUGGCGACCGGCAAUCGGCAGUGCGCGGCGGCCGGCGGCUGCAACACCUUUGGCAAGGAGCAGAGUAGCCUCUCAUCUCUCUCACUCGUUGAGAUUUUCAAAUUGGAAAGUGGAAAGCUUUUCUUUCAACACAACGAGGAAAAGAAAGUUUGCGAAAAAGUAACCAGGAGCUCUUUUGAUGUGGUAAGGAUGUCAAUAGUCGUAGAAAAAGCAGCGGAAGAAGGGGCUGUGAUAGUUGAAGAAAUUGAAGAUGAAGAAGAAGAGGAAGACCUUUCAUGGUCAUCAGACUCUGAAAUUGGAGAUGCUUUGGACUACUUGGACUCCAAGGAUGAUGAUGAAGCCGUAGAGGGAGCUUUUACUCUCCAAACAAGGCGUCCCAAUGCUCAUGGAGGACUUCAUUCUCGCCUCAAUACAUCUUCGCUUCAGCCUCUCUCAAAUCGGAACCAAAAGUUCUCAAAUCACAUCAGAGCUUCUCCUUUAGAGGAGUGGGAAGGGAGGCUGGAUGUGGGCAUGUCUAACUCUGUGACAACUGCAAUUCGUGGAAGUGUUCGGGAGAUGGCCAUUGGUAAAACUAGAACUACAGAGAAAGCAGACCGUGCAACCGUUGAGCAGGCAAUUGAUCCUAGAACUCGCAUGGUCUUAUUCAAAAUGCUAAAUCGUGGAGUAUUUCAUGAUAUGAAUGGAUGUAUUUCAACUGGGAAAGAAGCAAAUGUAUAUCAUGCUACGAAGUCUGAUGGUCAGGAACUGGCAAUUAAAGUGUACAAAACUUCUGUUCUUGUAUUCAAUUUGAAAUUUUUUACCCCUGAUAUGGUUUCUCUGAUUGAUGAUAUGGUUGAAAUGAACUGCAGGCUAAAGGCAGCAGGAAGCCCAACUCCUCUUCUUUUGAGGCUUCAUGUUUUGGUCAUGGAGUUCAUAGGCAAGGCAGGUUGGGCAGCACCUCGACUUAAAGAUGCUGCUUUGUCUCUUGACAAGUUACGUGAAGGUUAUUUGGAGAUGAUUCUGGUAAUGCGAACUUUAUAUCAGAAGUGCAAGCUGGUCCAUGGAGACCUAAGCGAAUACAACAUACUAUAUUUUGAGGGUCAUUUGUAUAUUAUUGAUGUUUCCCAAUCAGUUGAUCUUGACCAUCCUCAUGCCCUUGAUUUUCUUCGUGAAGAUUGUGUUCAUAUCUCAGAUUUCUUUAGAAAACAUGGUGUAGCUGUUAUGACAAUUCGAGAAUUGUUUGAUUUCAUAGUUGAUCCUUCUAUUACUGAUGAAUCUGUGGAGAGUUAUUUGGAAGAGGUUCAACAAAAAAUUUUGGCCAGAGGGGAUGUGAUUUCACAGGAGGAUGAAAUUGCGGACUCUGUAUUUGUGCAGUCAUUUAUUCCAAAAACACUGGAUAGUGUGAAGAAUGUUGAGGAGGAUAUAGAUCGGAUUACUAGUGGCAAGGAUACUGGAAAUAUGUACUAUCAGACUAUUACAGGACUCAAGGAGGCUCUUUCUAUGACGCAACCAUCUCCAGUAGAAAAGCAGCAUCUCCAGGAGCAGAACCUGAAACAAGAUUCUGCUAUCGAUCCAGCGGGACAUUCUAACUUGCAUGAUAGUGGACUGCAAAAUGGAAUGGAUGAUGAUGAUGAUGAUGACGACGACGAUGACGAUGACAAUGAUGAUGAAGAGAACUUGAGUGAUCGAGAAGGGCAAGAAUCUGCACCUGAAAAUGGGACACAGGCACCUGUUGAUAAAAGAGCUGCUAGGAAAGAGAACAAGAAGAAGGUCAAAGAAGAGAAGAGGGAAGCUCGCAAGACUAAAGUACCGAAGGCAGUGAAGAAAAAGAAGAAAAAGCUGGCGAAAGCCAAGAAGUAUAGGUGAACCAGCCAAUCACAAAAGCUAUAAAGAUGGGAGGCGCACAAGUUUUGUAGCAUGCACACAAGUUUUGUAGGAAGCACAUAAGAAUCAUCUCUACUAGGGUAAUGAGAAAGAACUUCUGUGGAACAUGUAUAAGUAUUUAUGUUUUAAGGAAAAAUUUCAACUUUUGCGUCCCAAUCAUUUGUUGUUUCUUUCCUCUUGGACCAACCUUUAUCUAUACUGAUAUUGUAAGAGUAACAAUUUUAACUACCCUUGGCAGCUACUCGGUUGAUUUUUUUUUGUUUGUGUGUAAUUUAUGAACCAUGCUUUUUGGAUGUGUUCAUAUGGGAGUGUACAAGUUCCACUUGUUCAGAUGGUUGCCAUGUUUACGUCUGAUAUGAUCGUUUGUAUCUGUUUCAGAUUACCAAGUGUGUAAAAUAAUUUCUCCC